CCUGAGCAGUCCAUUAACAGAUUCUAAACAGGCGAACAACCCUCCGCAGGAUGAAGAAAACAGAACUCCUUGUGCUUCUAAGCACUCUGUCGCUUUGCUUCCUCUUCGCCGAUGCUGUAAGCCAAGGGGGUUACCAGGCUUAUUGCGGCAACUACAUAAGACACCCAGGAGAAAGGAUUCAUUGCUCCAAGAUUCACAGGCCAGUCUGCGGCACCGAUGGCAAAACCUAUAACAACCGAUGUGAAUUCUGUAGGGUGGCAUGGGAAAUGCAAGGAAAGCUCGGCUACAAACAUGAGGGGAAAUGCUGAAUCUUCAAAUACAGGACCAGAUUCAUUUCCAGGGACAUGGAUCCUAUUGCAAUCCCCUCACCCCCUCUCAUACAGAGUACACCUGAUCCUGGUCACGGUUUAGUUUCAAUAAAGUAAUCCCGGCAGCUA